AUGGCGGCUCUUGACCCUAAGCGAUAUGACAUUAACAUUUUGGAGAACGGAGGAACCGUCCGCGAAUUUAUAGACAAAAAAAUCGACGAGCUCAGUUUAGCGGACUGCAGCGAGCCCUUCCAUGUGGCCGACCUGGACGAUGUGUACAAGAAACACCUCACCUGGUCUGAGAACUUACCUCGAGUCACACCUUUCUAUGCAGUGAAGUGCAACACCACGCCAGCCGUCAUCAGGACGCUGAGCGCUCUGGGCACGGGGUUCGACUGUGCCAGCAAGGCAGAGAUCGAGCUGGUUCUGUCCCUCGGAGCGACACCAGACAGGAUCAUUUACGCCCACACAACCAAACCAGAGGCCCACAUCAAGUACGCCCGCGCCCGUGGAGUUCACAUGAUGACGUUUGAUAACCAGGACGAACUCACAAAAAUCGCUCGCUGUCACCCCAGUGCCAAACUGGUGCUCCGCAUCACCGUGGAUGACUCCAGCUCUCUGAGGAGGCUAAAUCUGAAGUUCGGGGCCCGACCGGCAGCCGCCGGCGGGCUGCUGCGGCGGGCUGGGGAGCUGGGCCUGGAUGUGGUGGGAGUCAGCUUCCAUGUGGGCUGCAUGUGCAGCGACAGCCGGGCGUACAGGCGGGCCAUCGCAGACGCCCGCCACGUUUUCAACACCGCAAACCAGAUGGGCUUCCAGAUGAGUCUUCUGGACAUUGGUGGAGGCUUCCCCGGGAGCGACAACUUUCCACUGAAAUUUGAAGAGAUCGCAGAGUGCAUCAACGUGGCCUUGGACGAGUUCUUCCCCCCCGACUGUGGGGUGCAGAUUAUUGCUGAACCAGGACGGUACUUCAUGGAGACCGCCUUCACUCUGGCAGUGAACGUCUUCGCCAAAACAGUCACCAUGGAGGACGCAGCUGAGCACAACGGUAAAGAUGCUGGUGAUCCUGAUAUCGUGAUGAUGUACUACGUUAAUGACGGCCUGUACGGCUCCCUGAGGUUCUUCAUCAACCAUCCUGAGUUUGGCAGCGUUUCUCUCUACCCCCAGAGGGCGGUUGGCGGAGGCGAGCGGAGGUACCGCUCUGUGAUCUGGGGUCCGACCUGCGACAGCAUGGACCGGCUGACUGACAGCUGCCUGCUGCCGGAGCUGCAGGUGGGGGAGUGGCUCCUCAUGGACGCCACGGGUGCCUACACGCUCUCCGUGUCCUCCAACUUCAACGGCUUCGAAAGAGCAACCGUCUUCUCUGUGGUGACGCCGGAGACCUGGAGAGCCUUGAGUGGCUGA